CAGCUGACGCCACAAGGUCGGGCUAUCCGCUUCGCUUCGUCCUCGCAGCCGCCGUACCGAGCGACUCCCUGAAGUCGAACGCAAGAUGCCUCACCUGAAAGGAAAAGUUGCCAUAAUAACUGGCGCCUCGUCGGGUAUAGGCGAAGGAACGGCGCUGCACUUCGCUUCUCUGGGCUGCUGGCUUUCGCUGACUGCAAGAAACAAGCAGUCUCUGGAGAGAGUUGCCAAAGAGUGCUGCGCCAAGGGAAUUCCCUGUGACAAGGUGAUUAUUGUACCUGGUGACAUAUCCGUGGAGAAGGACGUUGCUGCUGUGGUGGAGAAGACUGCAAAGCACUUUGGAAAAAUUGACAUUCUCGUGAACAAUGCUGGUAUGACCAUGCAAGGUACAAUUGAUAGCACUACGACGCAAGACUACAACCGCAUCUGGGGCACAAACUUUCAGGGCCCGCUUUGCAUGAUGAAGAACGCUCUUCCAUACUUGCGUAAAACCAAAGGUAGCAUCGUGAAUAUUUCAAGUGUUGCGUCGACGAUUGUGGUCAAAGGUUUCACCCCUUACUGUUUGACCAAAGUAGCACUGGAUCACCUGUCACGAUGCGCUGCUUUAGAGAAUGCUUCCUUUGGUGUACGUGUCAACACAAUCAACCCCGGUGUCAUCAGAACAACCUUGGCGUUAAAACCUGGAGAUAACGUGGACGAAUACAUAGAGGCUAUGGAGAAAAAGACCGGUGCUGCUCAUGCAUUGGGAAGAACUGGGACGCCGGACGAGGUGGCGCGCUGCAUCGCCUUCCUGGCUUCGGAUGAUGCCUCGUUUGUCACAGGCAUAUCAAUGCCCGUAGACGGGGGCAUGCUGUUGAUGUCCUCCCUGUCGCACGGCACCCCUUUUGAGUAGAAUAAGUGGACUGCGUAAGGGACAGAUUCGACACUUCUUCAAUGCACGCAAAAGGAACGAAUGACACAGCUAGUUUAGAAACCGUGCUUGUUACCAAACAACAUGUAUACACUGUUCUUUGUGGGUGCAACAGCCUUACCAUGAAUAAUUACUAACUGACCGAGCCUUCAGUUACUCUGUCGAUGUCCGUUGGCUGAUUCGAUAAAUACAGCGUUUCGAUUUGUCCGCUCUCGGCCUUUUGAUGCUUAAAGCGCGGUAUAAAGACGUAGGUCGUGUGCAGUGUGCUUCUGUUGAGGCUGUCUGUCAUUUUUCUUAUUUCCUCUAAAACAUUGUGGAAGAAAUAGAACAUAGUGUAAUUAUAUAUUGCAAUACUGUUGGUUGUGUUUAGUUAGAUUUAUUGUUUAGAUAUAGAGGAGGAGAAAUGCGAUAAAAAAUGGCAGAUCCCAUCUCACAAUCAUUAUUCACAGUAAGGCGUUAGCAUGGAAUCGAUACAGCAACACAAUGCAUUUCCGCGCUCAAAACGAGUUAUAUCCGAGGCGUGUAUGGCAGCAGUACUCUUCUUUCGCACUUCUCUAAGAACAGUCAGUGCCAUCUAAGCCUGUGUGUUGCCUCCGAAUUCUUCUCUCGCUUGCCGCACACUCACUAGCAUAUACUCAGGGACUCAAGUUGGUGAGAGGUUCAUUGAAGAGCGGCACCUGCCCUAUAUCUCAAUGAAACAACUGGCUGAAGUGUUGGUGGGGCGAGCAAACCCGCCGUGGUUGCUCAGUGGCUAUGACGUUGGGCUGCGGAGUAUGAGGUCGCGGGAUCGAAUCCCGGCCACGACGGCCGCAUGUGGAUGGGGGUGAAAACACCCGCGUGCUUAGAUUUAGGUGCAUGUUAAGGAACCCCACGUGGUCGAAAUUUCCCGAGUCCUCCACUACGGCGUGCCUCAUAAUCAGAAAGUGGUUUUGGCACGUAAAACCCCAUAAUUUAAUUUUGUUGGCGUGGAAGGCGUUCAUUGGAAUGUAUCCUAUGCACAGUGCAUUCGUGACGCAGCCUGAUAAGGCGUCAGUGUGCUGUCGUUGAGGAAUCGUUGUGACGUCGGUUCAAUUCUACUCCACAACAAAGAAGUUUAAGAGGUGUUUGUCGUCAUUGUAGAGGCGACGCAUUCCCAGUAGCUUCUUUUAUCUUUAGUGCAAACUUUGACAUUGAAGGUGACCGGUUGCAAGUCAUAAAACGUGUCGCCCACACUUGGGCUAACGCGGAGUUAACUUGUUUACAACGAGAUCAAAUCAUCAAGUACAGAUAUCCACUCUGGUAGAUCAGAGAACGGGCGAUACACCUCCCUCUGACAUUCCACCCUGUCAAUGAAGUGUGGUAUGUAUGUGGUAUGUGACAGGACGACCAACUGGGUUUGCAUGCACAAAUUCCGUUCUAGUUUUCCUAGAAGCGUAGAGGCUCACGACCAUAAUUAUAUCGUACGGUAUAUCGUCUGAUGUAUUCACUUGCAAGAGUCGUAUACUAUAUGGGUUAAGGGGUAACUGCUUCUUUAAUGUGCGCUGGAGUAUAUCUGGUGAAGCCUCGGGCCCCAACAGCCUAGAAAUACAUCUUCACUUGUUUCGGGUUUCUUGCAUAAAUAUCAGUUAGUUGUCCAAGGUACGAAGAUGCCUUUAGCGCUAAGCCAUUCCGAGUGGGUUAUACCUAGCCAGCCAAGUUGGCGUCAAGGAGUUUAAUUCAAUACCGGCACACACUUACUGACGCAUACACAAUGAUCCAGGUUGGCAUGAAGGACGUUCAUUGGAGACCAGCACAGACCGGUGGUACAUGAUGAUGAUGAUUUAUUGGGAUAAUCUUUGAAACAAGACAGUGA